UUAACAACAGUUGGAAACGAGUGCGAAUUUCAUACGAAUUUUUCAAGUUCCUGGCAAUUUGAUUAAGCGCUGUUUUUGUAUAAGCUUUGUUAUCAGACGAAAUAAACGAUACACAGGAGAUGAAAUAAAUGACACUCAGGAUUAUCUACUUUAAACAAAAAAGCUCAUCUAUAUUGAUCAUAGAAGAAAGUCGAGAAUGGCGAAUGUGGCGCAUAAGAAUAGUUAUGAACUACAAGAUUCCUGUGGUGUGUUUGGUUGUAUCGCAGCAGAAGGCGUUGAUUUAAAAGAGUUCGGCCUUGCCAAUAAUAUUUUUCUUGGGUUAUUGGGCAUUCAACAUCGAGGUCAAGAAAGUGCUGGCAUUGUAACUGGAGAUGGUACUUCGAUAUAUCAACACAAAGGCAUGGGUCUAGUCUCAAAUGUCUUCAAAGAAGAGGACAUAAAAUCACUCCAAGGUUACAUGGGUAUAGGACACAAUCGUUACUCAACAAUGGGUGCAUCAAAACUUGUCAACUGCCAACCGUUUGUUGUUGAUACUGCACAAAAUUGGAUUGCAGUUGCACAUAAUGGUGAGCUAGUGAAUGCUAAGUCACUGAGACAGAAAGUUCUUGCUAGUAAUGUUGGCUUGUCUACAAGAUCUGACAGUGAAUUGAUCACCCAACUUCUCUCAAUAAUUCCACCAUGUGGAGAGCCUCAAGGUGCAAACUGGCCGUCAAGGAUAAAACGUUUAAUGACUGAAACUCAAUGCGCGUACGCCCUGGCGAUUUUGACGAAAGACGGCAUAUUUGGGGUUCGAGAUCCGUACGGAAAUAGACCUCUAUGCGUUGGAAGAAUACUGAAAUCGUCAGACGGUAGAGACGAAUGCGCCGGAUGGUUGAUUUCAUCAGAAUCCUGCCCGUUUGCCUCGAUCGGCGCCGAGAAGAUGUACGAUGUUGAACCUGGAGAAAUCGUUCAGCUGACUAGGAAAGGUGUUACACGCCUUGAGAUCGUUCAACCGUUGCGUCCAACUGACCCGACCGCGUUCUGCAUUUUCGAGUAUGUCUACUUCGCCCGAGCCGACACUUUCUUCGAAGGACAAAUGGUGUACAACGUCCGACAGGAAUGCGGAAGGCAGUUGGCGGACGAAGCCUCGGUAGACGCCGAGAUCGUGAGCACAGUGCCUGAGUCCGCCACGCCAGCCGCGAUGGGGUACGCCCAAAGGUCCGGAAUCCCGUAUGUCGAAGUACUCACGAGAAAUCGUUACGUCGGAAGAACUUUCAUUCAGCCGAGUACGCGCUUAAGAAAGCUAGGUGUUGCCAGGAAAUUCGGCCCGCUCACAGCCAAUUUUCGUGAUAAACGAAUCGUAUUGAUCGACGACUCGAUCGUACGUGGAAACACCAUAGCCCCAAUAAUAAAGGUCCUACGCGAAGCAGGUGCUGCAGAGGUUCACAUUCGCGUCGCUUCGCCACCUCUAAAGCACCCAUGUUACAUGGGCAUCAACAUCCCGACGCGAGAGGAGCUCAUUGCAAAUCUUAUGUCGCCUGAUGAACUUGCGAAGUUUCUGGGAGCCGAUAGUCUUGUUUAUCUUUCUGUUGAUGGCCUCCACUCUGCCGUGCGAAAAUCCAUUCAGACGACAUCAAACAAGCCUCCGGGCCAUUGUACAGCCUGUUUAACCGGGAACUACCCUGUGGAAUUAGAGUGGUGAUGGAAUUGGAUGAACUCGAACAAUACAUUAAUCUAUAUAGUAUUUAUUAGUAUUUAUCAUUAUAUAUCAGUCUAGUUG